CUUUCUAAUUACUGUGAAUCAAAACCUAAGCGCUGCGGAGCCUUUCGCUGUCGCGUUGGAUAGCGUGGCUGAGCUUGAGGUUGCGCGGUUGUGGCUGGGUCGUUUCCGGGCUCGCUAAUCGGCUCUUUCUUUGGGACUUCUGCAGUUUCUGAUUGCGGAGAUGUAAUCGCUGGGACGUCAACGACGCCUUGAUUACGUCCAAAAUUCGGAGGGGUCACGCUAACAUUGGCGUUGCGUUUUGCAUGGUCAAUCUGCGAUCCACGCUGCUGAUGCAUUUGAUCAACGUGGCGUUUCCAGAGUUGAUCACCGACUAGCACUUUAUACGAGACGGGAACGGUCUGCUCUGCAACAGUGCCAUUUAGCCAUCGUGGUUUUCCUCGGAAAUUUUGAACUAGAACCUGUUCUCCGAGUGCGAAUUCUCGUUCCCUGCUAACCUUGUCGUUGACUGUUACCGGUAUUCGAUAUCAUAUUGAUACGCAGCGAGCAGGAGUGCCCAUCUUUGUAAUCUUGCGGCUGCUAGAGCUGUAAUUCCACUUUUUGGUCCCAGUAAUGUAGUUAAUGGUUUGUGAUCCGUGACCAACAGAAACUUCCUCCCAUAGAGGUAUUGGUGAAAUUUCUUCACUCCAAAAACUAUGCUAAGCGCUUCCUUCUCGAUUUGCGCGUAACUGCGCUCGCUUUUGGUUAAUGUGCGCGAAGCGUAAGCAAUUGGUCGCUCUUCUCCGGAUGGCAAUACAUGCGAAAUAACUGCGCCUAUACCGUAUUGUGAAGCAUCAGCGUCGAGCUUCAAUGGCAAUGUAUUGCUGGAAUGUGUUAAAACUGGAGGGUUGGACAGUUUGUCCUUAAGUCGCUUGAACGCUUUUUGCUGAGUCUCACACCAUUUCCAUUCGACUCCGUCCUUUAAUAAUUCGUUUAACGGGUGGGUGAUGUUCGAAUAACUGCUGAUAAACUUUGAGUAAUAAUUGAUCAUACCCAGAAAUCACCUAAGUUGCUGCUGAUUCUCGGGUGCCGGCGCAUUUCGAAUGAGUUCGACCCUUUUCUCGAUAGCGUGCAAACCUUGCGCAUCUAUCCGAUAGCCCAGGUAUUCAACAGUUGGCUGCAUGAAUUGGCAUUUGCUUAGUUUUAACCUCAAGCCUGUGCUUUCCAACCUAGUUAAAACUUCAUCAAGAUGAUCCAAAUGCUUUUGGUCAUUUUUCCCCGAAAUUACUAUGAUAAUACAUGUCAGACAAGAGAGGAUAAAGGGGACAGAGAAGGUAUCCCCCAUAUACACCCUAUUCCAUAGGUAAUUCGUCUCGAGUUAUUUUUAACACCACAGAUCUCAAGGGGGAUUAGACAACAGCCAAUCACAUAGCGCGAAUGUGUUCCGCGUGGAUGACCCACGCUCAGAGGCACGCGCGCGUCCUUCACGAAUUGACGCCGAACAAAAUGGCGCAAGACGCGGAGAGCGAUAUUGCUAUUCGUUUUGUCGACGAAAACGACUACAGAGAGAUUUCUGCUAAAGCUGUGUCAGCGAAACGGAAACUAAAAAAGAAUCGCCCUUCCUAUCUUGUAUAGAGCUAACAGUACAACAGGGAAAUCCUUAACACACUGAAUAUUCUUUUAGGAUCAUUUAUAAUUUAUUACAGUUUGAAGAGAAGCUAAGAGAGCAAUUUUUGGUUUGAUAUUUAUUCUUUUAUUAGUCUUUUAUCAUUCAACAAAAAUAAUAAUAAGCGUCCUACUUGCUUUAUUGUACAAAAGACCGGUUUCAAUAGACCGGCGAAAUUUCUCAUUUUAUUAAAGCACUGCGGUUACGACAACUUCGAGGUAAACUGAUUUCAGGGUUGACAAAGAGUCCAGCGAUUCUUUUUUCCCAGGUGAGCGCCGUCUCAUUUCGCGUCAAUAUUUAGGAAUGCUCUCGAUCUCUUUAUGCUUUCAUUGCCUUUCGCCCGACAUGUUUCGUACGGCGUUUUGUCAUGCGAAACCUCCACGAAACAUCCACGCAGCGCGCGAGGUAACUUUAUCCCGAUUCCAGAAAUAACUCGAGACGUAUUACCUAUGGGAUAGGAUGUGUAUGGAGGAUGCCUUCUCUGUCCCCUUUAUCCUCUGUUGAUGUCAGAGUCCAAAUGAAUAAAUCGUUGUGUCGCUCAAAAAGGGAGGGAGUAUUAACUUUAACCGUAGCACUGUUUUUCUUUAAAGCGUACAAAUUCAAGGUUAAACUUCACAGUAAGCUAAUAUGCAAGAACAGUUGAACAACCAAGAUUUAUUUCCACCGCCACGUAAUUUCAAUGUGUUGCGAACUCGCGUAGAAUUUACGUGCCUUAAUAAAAAAGAGGCGACGCUUUUUAAUUUACUUUAACCUUUACGUUUACGCGCGACCUUCAAUACAUUGCAGCUGCCCCAGCAGUGGACCUGUUGAGCCAGACACAUCAAGUCUGUGGAUGGAGUUGUUUUCUUUAGACUCAGUUAUUUUGAUUAUAGUGACUUGCAAUUGUUUGCCAUUUUCAGGUUCGAGGUCGAUUUUUCGGAGAUAUAUCAAAUGACAAGUGCUAAAAAUAGCGUUUCGGGGCCCCCAAACUUCAAACUUUUCUGGGGGAGGACACCCCGAGACCCCCCGUACAAGGUUCGUGCCUUCGGCGCUCGCGAUAAUGCGCCCCCGUUACAAAAACUCUAGUUUCGGCCCUGUUUACGCGUCAGCGGAAACCCACCUUAUAGAGGUUUGCUUGGUUACAUUGACCGUGAGGUCAGUCUGCGAACGAGAAAAGGAGAAAAGAAAGUGGGGAACUGUACAUGCUACUCCCCUUUCUCUCCCCAUUAAAACAGGAGAGUGAUACCUGCAGAGGAGAUCACACAGUACCGGACGAAUUUUAAUUUACACCGCCUGAAAAAUUUGACCGGACACUUUGUUCAUACAGGACUUAGUACUGCUAGACGUCUGAUUUCUCUGUACGGUUAAGGUAGUUCCGUGUGAACAGAAAACCUUUACGCAUAAACUUCAACCGGUCGAAAAAUCGUCCGGCGCAGUGCCUUGUGAACAUAAUUCUACAAUUAUUUUGGGACUUUAAUCAUGAGGUUAAACUUAACUCAAACAAAUAUAGAGGUAAUUAAUAGACUAUUACAGCUGCAACUGCCAGAACUGUUUAGAACAUUAACUCAAGCGUAACGUUCACUCUUGCUCUCAAAAGGGUCAGAAACUAAGAAAGGGAACCAUUUACCGGGAGCACAUACGAAACUUGAUUUGAACCGUUUUCACUGAAAGUUUAUCCUUAUUAAUUAUGAUUCAAAACGUUUAUGUUGAAUAAAGAAAUCCUUGACGUCAGUCCAGGGAAUAAAUCCGUUGCAAACUUGAGCAAAAAAUUUUCAGCUAUCUGCUUCCUUCAAGACAGCCAACCAGCUCAGUACUUGUUGGAACGGUAAGCGCUAUGUUAGAAGUUGUUUUGAGAAAAGAAAAAAAAACAACAACGAUAAACCUUUAAAACAAUUCCUCUCCUCGCAUGAUCGCGAAGUCAUCUUCCUAAUGGUCACCGCCGCACAGUUAAACCUCGCUGAAUUUUGUCUUUCUUUUCAAGCUUAAUACAUUGAUACCUUACAAAAAGUAAGAGUUAAGAAGAUAGAGCCGGUUUUAAUUUGAUUUUCUGUGUUCUUUUGUAACUAGAAAUUUCAAAAAUAUCUUCGUCUUUUAAGAUUCUGAAUAAUACUAGAUCGUUGAGCGUUUAAAAGUUCAACAAAGGAUAAGUAAGAAGAUACCAAGUAACAACCCAAACAUUUGCGAUGGAACAAGACAACAAACGAUGUUGACCACAUGUCAGUGAAGAAUAUAUGUUUUGUUUGCCUCAAAACCCCUACCCUUAAACUGACGUAAAAGAAUAAUUGUGGUUAAGAAACUAUAAACGGUUACAGGAAGCUAACAGAAAGCAGCUGUUAGCAAGAAUGGGUAGCACAGGUGUCACUCGCCUGAGACAGUUAGGGCGUAAAUAAUGGAGAUACCCGCGAUGAGCAGGAAAGUGCGCACAUCCCUUACCUAGCUCCCGGCACAGGCUGAGAGGCUGUAAUGAAAGAUUUUGUUUUUUUGCCUCCUGUACGAUUAUUAUCAAACUGCGGAAAUUUCUUUCAUUUGGAGAGCCGUAUUGCUGAGGCAGAUAGACGCCUAUUAAGGUGGCUGAACACAGUUUUGGCAGUUUGUAAGUUAUAUGUCAUUUGCCAAGUCAUGGCAGGAGGAAGGUUGCAGCUCACAAGCUGAAACUUGGCAAGUGAAAAAUAUGUUGAUGAAAAAUGUUGAUUGACAGGUAAAAUUUGACGUUUUCGUAGUUUCCAUGGCAACAUGAACGAAUUUUAAGGUUGUAUUCACAACCCUAAAUUUUCACUUUUGCUCAGUUUACAUAAAAUUCGCUCAUUAGAUUUUCCUAUAAACUUGCACACAGCUUACCAUAAUUAAUCAUCACCAUUUGAAACUUAUUUGAUCAAAUUUUAACAGACAGGUUUUUAGAUAAUCAAUAAUAUAAUUGUACUGUAAAUAUUAAAUGUCUCACAAAAUUCGUCUCUUUAACUUUCAUUUUAAGGUUCUCAUUAUUUAAAAUACAAUAAAAGUAAAAAUUCUGCCAAAUAUCACAAAAUUUUAAUGAGUAGAUUUGGAGAAAUCGUCUUCUGUGAACCAUUGCUUUUUCGCCGCCAUGUUUGUUUGUCUAAUUUAAAACACGCGCUGUCACGCGAGUUACUGCUGACCGCCCGCGAAACUGUGUUCAGCCACCUUAAACUGUGUCAACGGGGCGGGGGUGGGGGGGAGGGGGGGUAGUCCCUAAAACGCCCUAUACGGGGAGGCUCCGCCCGAAAAGGGAACCAUUUUCAGGGUUCAGGCAUAUAGCUGUAUCUAAACUCAUGUAAAUAUUUCUUCUCGUAACACAUGUAAAUAUUUUUGCCCCGUUGUAAUUUUAUCUUUGUAUAUGUGUUAUUAUUGUGUAUUACGACAGAAUAGCCCCGUAAAGAGGAGUCGUAAUAAAGUGUAUGUUAUGUUAUGUUAUGUUAUGUCAAAGGGUAAGGAUUUCACUAGUUGAAGUAUAUAAAAGGGGCGCGCGGCAAAGGAACUAAAUAGGCUAACAGACAUAUCUUAUGGCUUGAAAUGGCCUUGAAGACAUCCUAGUUUAGCGGUUAAUUCAUGUUUAAAAGAUAAUGUAUUUACAGCAGUUACUGGGAUGCAGCGUUAACUAACUUGUGUCAUUGUACAUUUAUACCUAAAAAUAACAAAACAACUUGCUUCACUAUCAAACUUGCAUUGACUUGAAAAAGUUAGAAACGGCGUUUCGGCGGUGGUCCGGAAGCAAAUUUCCUUUCUCUGCUGUGAGCUUUUGCCCGCUCAGCGGGGAAAUGUAAAAAGUUUUUACAUUUCUCAAAUACGCCUUCUUCUCACUGGUUUUUCGUAAAUAAAAUUGAAGGGAAAAUUAAACGCCUAUUUCAUUUGAGCUGGGUACUUCUACCGGCUAAUAAAAUCAUUUUCUCAAGUGUUGUUAACUUAUAAAAUUCGACACUCGCUGAGCUUGUCGAUAAAAGCAGAAAAGAACUGAUUGUCAAAACCGUGAUAAAAAGAGUUAAAAUUAUUUCCGGUUUUCUUGUGGUUUGUAGAAAAUUAGGUUGUGUCUUUUUAUAGGUUUUUUGUAGCUGUAUACAUGUAAGUUUUCGUAUAGUUUUUAUGUAGUUAGGCUUCCCGUUUGGUGCAUAAAAUUAUUGGGCGCUGGAGUCAUUCUUCGCUCUCAUAAGUUUCAUAAUCAUUUACUCUGUCUUUUGCCUGUACCGGUUUUGUACCAUCUACUGUUUUCUCCGAGAGUUUCAAAACAUAGGCAAUCUGUAUAGUUGAAGGCAGAGAUAUGAAAUAUCCGAUGAAAAGUAAGACGCGCAAAACAUCGGAUGUAAGGGGUUGAAAGGCUCUCGAUAACGUGACGUCACAUUUUUCCACUAUACUGGAACCGACGCGUCAGCCAGUUUCCCAUCCAGUCUUUCAAUUAUCCAUGCGUGAAUUUUACAAGAGCCGUAGCUAGCGGGGGAACAAGGAGGGCAGCUGCCCCCCUGGACCUGUUGAGCCAGACACAUCAAGUCUGUGGAUGGAGUUGUUUUCUUUAGACUCAGUUAUUUUGGUUAUAGUGACUUGCAAUUGUUUGCCAUUUUCGGGUUCGAGGUCGAUUUUUCGGAGACAUAUCAAAUGACAAGUGCUAAAAAUAGCGUUUCGGAGCCUCCAAACUUGAAUCUUUUCUGGGGUUUCGUGCCUUCGGCGCUCGCGAUAAUGCGCCCCCGUUACAAAAACUCUAGUUUCGGCCCUGUUUACGCGUCAGCGGGAAACCCACCUUAUAGAGGUUUGCUUGCAUGGUUUAUACAUUGACCGUGAGGUCCGUCUGCAAACGAGAAAAGGAGAAAAGAAAGUGGGGGACUGUACAUGUUACUCCCCUUUCUCUCCCCAUUAAAACAGGAGAGUGAUACCUGCAGAGGAAAUCUCACAGUACCGGAAGAAUUUUAAUUUCCACCGCCUGAAAAAAUUGAACGGACACUUUGUUCAUACGGGACUUUGAACUGCUAUACGUCUGAUUUCUUUGUACGGUUAAGGUAGUUCCGUGUGAACAGAAAACCUUAACGCAUAAACUUCAACCGGUCGAAAAAUCGUCCGGCGCGGUGCCUUGUAAACAUAAUUCUACAAUUAUUUUGGGACUUUAAUUAUGAAGUUAUACUUAACUCCAAAAAAUAUCGGGCUAAUUAGUAGGCUAUUACAGCUGCAACUGCCAGAACUGUUUAGAACAUUAACUCAAGCGUCACGUUCACUCUUGCUCUUAAAAGGGUGAGAAAUUAAAGAAAGGGAACCAUUUACCGGGAGCACAUACGAAACUUGAUGUGAACCGUUUUCGCUGAAAGUUUAUCCUUAUUAAUUAUGAUUCAAAACGUUUACGUUGAACAAAGAAAUCCUUGACGUCAGUCUAGGGAAUAAAUCCGUUGCAAACUUGAGCAAAAAAUUUUCAGCUUCCUUCAAGACAACCAACCAGCUCAGUAUUUGUUGGAAAGGUAAGCGCUAUGUUAGAAGUUGUUUUGAGAAAAAACAACGAUAAGCCUUUAAAACAAUUCCUCUCCUCGCAUGAUCGCGAAGUCAUCUUGCUAAUAUUCACCGCCGCACAGUGAAACCUCGCUGAUUUUUUUCUUUCUUUUAAAGAUAAAAGCUUAACACAUUGAUACCUUGCAAAAAGGAAGAGUUAAGAAGAAACAGCCGGUUUUAAUUUUCUAUGUUCUUUUGUAACUAGAAAUUUCAAAAACAUCUUAAUCUUUUUAGGUUUUGAAUAACACUAGAUCGUUGAAUGUUUAAAAGUUCAACAAAGGAUAAGUAAGAAGAUACCAAGUAACAACCCAAACAUUUGCAAUGGGACAAAACAACAAAGGAUGUUGACCACAUGUUUUGAAGAAUAUAUGAUUUGUUUGCUCCAAAACCCCUACCAUUAAAACUGGCAUAAAAAAACAGAGUCGUUAUAACAGGGUCAAGCUAGGAUCUGUAGUGAGUGAGUGGCAUAGGGUGACCAGGGGAUGCCCACAGGGUUCUGCAUUUGGACCUCUCAUCUGGAACAUCUUCCAAAAUGAUUUGACUUAUACCGUUGAUGCGAACAUGAAUAUGUAUGCGGAUGACCACCAGUUUUAUGCCGUUGGCAGCACCCUCUCUGAUGUGCAUGAUGAUUUUGCUGUUUGCGCUGAGUCAGCAUCUUCAUGAUACGAGCUUAUUUACUAAAGGGAAAUUUGGACAAGUACCAGACAACGGCACUUGGUUGCGGAAGGGAGUCUACGAACAGUAUUAUGACUGACAAUCAUGAAGUCAGAUCCACUAAAUGUCUCAAGCUAUUAGGUGUCUGUAUUGAUAACACUCUUCGUUUUGACCAACGUAUAAGUAGUAUCUCUAAGAAGAGCGCCGCAGCGGGUAGGCGUUCUCAUGAGGCUUAGGAACCUUAUACCCACACAAACUAAGUUACAGUUAUAUACGGCAGCUGCUCUUCCGUAUUUAACCUACUGUCAUCUUAUAUGGCAUUUUUGCCGUGUUAGCGAUUCUAGACGACUAGAGCGUAUCCAGGAAAGAGCACUUAGGGCUAUAUAUUGUGAUAAACAUUCGUCCUAUGGUCAAUUACUAUCCAUGGCUGGGCCAUCUACUCUACACAACCGGCGACUACAGGACAUAGCUAUUCUCAUGUAUAAAGUUAAAAACAACAUGUGCUCAACAUACAUUAGCACUCUCUUUAAACAGCCUGCAAUUAAGUAUAAACUGUGCAAUCAUGACUUCACUAUACCCAGAUUCAACGCAGUCUCCUUUGGAAAGCCCUCAAUCAGGUAUAUGGGCCCAAAGGUAUGGAGCUCUGUUCCUAGUAACGUGAAGAAAGCUUCCACGUUGUCCUCCUUCAAGUAUAACAUCAGAAAAGUGGAUCUUAGCAUACUAUUAGAUGACAAUAACUGCUCUAACUGUUCUCUUUGCAUUUCUUAAUUUUUUAUUUCUUAUUUUUUAUAAGAUCAUGGAUACAUUUGUACAUAUUGUAUAUAGUUCUCUCGAAUUUCUUAUUUGCUUACACUGUAUAUAGUUUUUCUUAAUUUCUUAUUUCUUAUAUCUUUUUUUUUUUUAUUUUUUCAUUAAUCAAUUAAUUGAUUUAUUCUUUUUUAACUUAUUUUAGUGUCUCCACUUAGUGGUUAUACACCGCUAUUACAAUUUUGACACUUUAAUAAAGGUAUCAUCAUCAUCAUCAUCAUCAUCAUCAUCAUCAAAAUAAUUGUGGUUAAAAACCUAUAAACCGUUACAGGAAGCGAACGGAAAGCAGCUGUUAGCAAGAAUGGGUAGCACAGGUAGCACUCGCAUGAGACAGUUAGGGCGUAAAUAAUGGCGAUACCCGCUAUGAACAGGAAAGUGCGCACAACCCUUACCUAGUUCUCGGCACAGGCUGAGAGGCUGUAAUGAAAGAUUUUGUUCGUUCUACGUACUGGAGUCAUUAAAAAGGAAGUUCAUAUUGACAACAAGUUUAUCUCAGCGACAAAUUUUCUUGUUUACACUAUGGGAGGUCGGAAAAACAGGCCUACCGUUCAGUUAAUAACUUUUUUAAUCGUUGCAAUGGGCAGACGGGUUGUAGUAGCGAAUUCUUUAUCGGACUUCGUAUACCAAAGAAGCUUAGAGGAAGUUUCUUCCAUCAUUGGCUUAUUCAUUCAAAGAUAUUUUCGAGAUACGCUAACUUGGAAGUUGAUUGACUUUUAUUGGCACAAUUAGUGUGCGAUACGAUACAGUCUGUUUGUGUGUAUUUAAUGAUUUAUUCAAGUUUAACGUAGGAAAUUUUCUUGAAACGUGCCCGGGGGGAGGGUACUCCCUACAAUAGCUUAUACGCGGAGGCUCCGCCCAAAAGGAAUGUCUUAUUUGGGCUUCAUGUAUAUAAAAGAGUGGGGAUUUAGUAGCUAAAGUAUAUGAAAAAGUAGGGAAAUCUAGCCUGAAUGGCUAACAAAUUUAUUUUAUGGCUGUGAAAAAGUAAAGAGAAAAAAAAAACAAACAAACAAACAAAAACAAAAACAAAAAACAACCGUUCUAGUUUUGUGAUUUAUUGAUAGCUUAAAGGAUAUUGGAUCAGAACAGUAGUUAAAAAUGUAUGAAAAGUUCCAAACUAUGGAUGUCAGUAGGGGUACUUUUUCUGUCAUAAUCAAAUGGUGUACAAAAGGGAAAUAGCCUUGGACUUACGUCCCUAUAAACCGGUCUUGAGUACUCCCCUCCCCAAAGACAAGAAAACUUUCUACCAGGCGAUCAAUUACUUCCUAGUGACUCGCAGUUCAAUGAGCGCCAACAAUAACGGCUAUAAAAUUCACAUAUAUUUUUUGCCCUCAGUUUCCGGUCAAGCAACUCAACGUACUCUCCCCUCAACCGCUGCUUUUGAUUUUUUCUUUCCACAGGUGAAAGGAAGGGGUUCAUUUCAGCGUUAACAAAAGUAUCAAGAAAUUAAAGUUAAGGUGAGCUCUCUAUCGAAGAAUUGUUGUUAAUUUACAAUCUCCAUUCUUGACACUUAAGAAGUCGACGUCAACCCUCUUUAGUUCACCUUCUAACUUUCCUUUUUCAACUAACCAAACUUUAUUCGAUUUCUUUUUGAAGGGAGGAGAAAAGAGAAUUAAAACAAAACAAUGUUCUCCAGGAGGAUCUCUUCAGCCGAGUGCAGCACUUGGUAUGCUGUAUCCCUUACUAUAAAUGUUGCUCUGGUCACAGUGAACCUCCUAUCAAUUAUUCUUUUUAUAAAGAACAGUAAUCUUCGCACUCGUGCCAUGUACUUGGUAAUAAACUUGACCGUGGCUGAUAUGUUUGUUGGAGGAGCAGCCACUUUCGCUGUAGUAUUUCAUUUCCUCCUCUACGGUUGCGAAGUUGGAAAUAAAUUCAGAUUCCGCUCUAAACAGUUUUUUACUCCGCAGGAAUGGCAACCUUUUCUUGUGCUUCUCAUGAUCGACAUCUGGCUUACUCUCACAUCUGUAGCAGGCAUUGCAGUAAUUUCGUUAGAUCGGAUGCAUGCGACGUUUCGUCCAUUCAGGCAUCGCAACAUCAAAAAAUGGGCCUACGGGGUAGCAAUUGGUGGCGUCUGGAUUUUAACUGCAAUGUUAAUUCCCUUUCCGUUAACACGUCUGCAUGGAAAAUUGCACUCGUUCUUAUGGCUGUCAUAUCGUUGCCUUUGCCUUUUUGUUAUUUUUAUUUCUUACACCUCCAUUGCUUUAAAAUUUUGUUGUGGAACCCGUCCUCCUUCCCAUGGUGCAGCCAAUAGACAAAGAAAACUGACUGUGACAUUAUUCAUAAUGACCAUUGUAUCUUUGCUGCUGUGGUUACCAUAUGUUGUACAUAAUUUUGUUCCUUUUUCUGUUCUAGAUACUAAGUUUUCUUCCCUGACAUAUUUACGCUUGAGAUUAUCUUUUACCCUUCUACGCCACACAAACUCGCUUGUUAAUCCCAUUAUUUACACAAUCAGGAUGCCAGAGUUCAGAAAAGCUCUCUUGAAAUUCUUUAAAAGUCGACAAAGACAAAAUGUUGCUAUUCCUCUUCAUGCCCGUUAGCACCAAAAGGGAAUUCCUGGGACGUCCGCUCAUUUUUUCGAUUGUUUAUAUUAAACACCAACAACAUGGCCCCCUGCGCGACUGCCUCAAAGCAAACAAUGCAGAAGAUUUUUAUUGCGACUGUUGAAUUGCCUCUUGAAAACACUGAAUAAAAGUUUGCGGACCUCUCCCGACACCAAAUUCUGAUUAAUUUCAAGCGUUUAAUUGGACUAAAAAUAACUUCGGUGAAAGUCACAUGUCCCAACAGGAGCCAUAAUGGGACUUGGUACCAAUCAAGGGCGUGACUGGGCGCUCUUUGUCCUUUUAUUCUCUCUUGAUAACACUUUAUUGUAAGUUCAUAAUGAUAAUUAACAAGUCAAAACAAGAGGGAGCUUGUAGGAGAAUUGACCCUUCAAAUAAGGGAGAAGAGAGUAAAUAAGUUUUGUUAAAUUUAAUUAUCAACUUUAGUUACUUAAGACAUUUUCUCCUUUUUUUGUGGUUAUUGUACGUGGCCACAAGUUUUGCCUCUUUGAGCUACAUAAUUGCUGCGGUAUGUGCAAAUGAAGUUCCAGCAAUGAUGGAGAGGUUGUACAUAUUAGGCUAACUAUGGUCACACUAUGCUGGAUAGCUUUUUUGCCGCCACGAAAAUCAUACCGGAUAGGGAUUCGGUUGAUACACAUGAAAGGUGAUUUCGACGCGAUUUCAGUGACGGAGCAAAACUGCGCCGCGCCGAUCUCUAAAGUCGAGAGUCACUUAUCGCAUAGGUGUUCAUACUUUACCGGAGAGGUUUUCGUGUCGGCUUACUUUUGACUGCUUUCAGGUUUGCCAUCUUUUAAUGUAUUAUUUAGCAAUACUAUUAAAAUAAAAUAGUCCGGGGACGCUUUUGAAGCUGUUUAAAUCACUUACAGCAAGUAUUUUGAACAUUAAAAUUGUCUUCGGACCCUUCUUCGAACAGAAAUGUUCGAUAAGAUAAAAAAAUUCGCAAAAAGUUGCGUUACUUCCGAUUCCCUGCUCCAAAUUUGGCCCACAGGAAGUUAAGGUGGCUCUGUCAUUAAUACAGGCGCAUCUAGCUGUGACAAAUUUUCCGUCAUAACUUUUUCGUUUUUAAGGCGAUGGCUGAGAAACUUUGCAAAGAACAACAGAAGUCAUUCGGUAAUAAUGUGAAGUAUUCCGAUUUCAUUGAUGUAAAUAUUUCUUGAUAAAUUAGCGCUUAAAAGGACCCUACUGUUCAAAUAAAAUCGCGUCUCUAGUAAAAAAAUUUGCCGAUAUUUUUUACUGAAAUUUCUGGUAUCGGCUUUUAUUGAUAAAAUAAAUAUGCCGGAGAAAUUGCAGGCCCUUACCUUGUUUGCAUAAUCUGACAGCGUCACAAAAUAAAUUUAUUGCAGCAAAUUGUUAGUCGCUCUAUAUUUUCGACCGAUAUUCGAGCUGUUUUGCUUAGAUAUUGGAGAAAAAAAUUAUUGCUAAUGUAUUACACAAAGUAGAAAAUUUUCUUGGCAAAAUUAGACUCUUAAAAAAUUUUUAAAAUAAUUACGCAGAAAUAUGUCUCGUUUAUUUAUUUAUUUCUUUAUUUUGCGGAAUAUUAUGAGUUUCCUGACACCGAAAUAUUUGGUUUCUGAAAGUCUAACUUUUGCCCUUUCCAAUGAGGUAUAGCUUUAUACGGAACUGUAAAUAACAGCAGAGACAAUUUUUUAAAGGUUUCAUGGUCAAUUUACUUUAAAAAAAACCCUGAAGGAGAUAAUGAGUUAAAUCCAUUAUUCAGCUAAAAUCUUCUCUUCACAUUUUUAAUCAGCAUAAAGUAUGCUUGAUAAACGGGCAAUUUCCAAGUUCCAAAAGCUCUCACUUUUCAAGCUAGGGAGGCUUAAAUUAAACUUCUUUUUGUGAUAAUGAGUUUAGCGUGCAUGAGAAUAACAAAUCAUUUUCAUCCAAAUCAUCUCGCUCUGAAACAGAGGCUUGGAGCAACUCGGAAAUGGCCUAUUAAUCUUGCACAUUUAUAUUCAGAAUUAGUUGUUAUCAAAAGCUCUUGUUGUUAUACACAGUUUCUGUGUAAAUUUCGUCUUUUUACUUUCUGAAGCACUACUGCGUAUGUAGACUGGAAAGCAGUCGGGUUUGUUUUGUCAUAAUCGGUUUUGCAAAGACGCGAAGGAGCGGCGUGAGAUUUUCGCGAAAAGCGCGCAAACCUCACACGCCCUUAGGCCCAGUCUCACUCCCCGUUUUCACUCUCUCGCUCCAGACUUUUCGUUUAACCGCUCGAGCGCGCGCGCUCUUGACCUCGGCAAAAAUACGAGCUGUUUUGCCGUCUAAUACGUAUGUGGCCAUUGAUAAAAUGAUAACAGAGUAUGUAAAAUGAAGCCAAGAUCAUGUUGUUUUGUACACCUUAACAUCUACUUUAUAGGGCUUGUUAACUGUUGCUAGACUUUCUAACAUGUCUGUGUCAGUAAAGUAAACCAAUUUAGAGUAUUCAAUAAACUUAAUAUUUGAACAUGAUUUUACCAUUGUUGUUAUCUGUGAUCAUGGCUUUUUAACAGCUUAGGUCACUGGGAAAGGGGACGAGACUAUGAUGAAAUGGCAAUAAGACACUUACACUGUAGUAUGGGAAAUUUGUCGGCAUCCCGAACUUAACUCUCAACCCGUUUCUGAACACGAAUGCAAUAAUACUGGGCACAAUCCGGUUUGGGAAGAGGAUACGUUUACUGACCGAGACCCUCUUUGGUACUCUCGUGUCUCGUAGAGUUAAAUAGGCUAUGGUCAAAUAACACUUCACCUUAACAACAUUAGACAUUAACAGGGACAGUGGAAUUGAGAUUCCUGAAUCGUAGAUGCCCUACGAUUUGACAACACAACAAUCGAUCAGUAUCACUGCGGAUCGCUGAAAGAACAGUCUCCUCCUCAAAUUAUGCCAACAGUUCUUCGGAACGAAGCCCAAAAACCAUAAUUGCAAUUAAAGUUCUCAGCUGACUAGUCAAUUGACUGCACUGAGGCUUAGGUCCAGUUUUCGAGUUUUCUUCUUGCUUUGUAAUAUAGCGAAUGCUGAAUUGUUUCAAAAAGACAUUUCUUAAAAGAAUCUUCGAGAGCUUCGCUUUGGCCUUAUCUACAUAUUGUUUGCUUACUCUGAAUGAAGGGAAAAAGCGCCGGGAUGGGAUUAAGAGAACUGCUUUCAAAGAAUAUACUUUAAUCUAAACCUUUUCUUUUAAUCGAUUUAUCUAGGAAUGAUACUGAUGAUAGAAGCGGGACUCUAUUAUUACCGGGGAAAAUGCAAAUCCUCUAAGUUAAAUACAGUCAUUUUUCGUUUGCCUUAAUUUUAACAGCCUCUUGACUUAGGACCCUCUCUUGCUUGAUCAGUAGAUUAAAUUGCAAAUUGAAGAGAAUACACGCACCAGUAUCCAUAUAUUAUUUCCGGAACUAGCUUCUCUUCAAUCUUUGAGCUAGACUCGAGGAAAGUCAACUAGAUCACCUUCAGCGUUCACCUUCAACAGUUUUAAACAUGUUAAAAAGUCUCAGUUCAAAUUGUGCAUAACUUUAACCACAGGCUACCAAAUAUAAGACAUAGAACAGUAGGUAGAAAUGAGCAAGGAACCACAAAGGAACGCCAAUUUCAAACAAACUGAACUACCGUAAAUCCUCUAUUAAGCCCCCCCUCUCUAAUUAGCCCCUCCCCCCCUUUUCAGAGGAGGAAAGUUAAUAAGCCCCCCUCUCUAUAAAGCCCCUCCCCCCCUCCCCGAUCCUUAUUCUUCACACAAAAAAAUAACGAUUGACGUGGACUGAUCAGUUAUGGUUUAUCCAGGCUGGAAGUUCAUAUUGUUUUUGGUUCGGCCGCGUGACAUUCAACUUCAUAUGCUUAACUUUCUCAACUUUGCGCUCUAAUUCUCUGUGGAGAAUUGUCACCAUUUUCUUAUCGUUAGACAAAGCAGUAUACCGCCCGGGAACCACGAGUCCGUCCUCAACAAACCAUGCUCCUGUCGGUGAAAUUCUAAGCUGCAACCUUCACGAGAUAAAAAUUUACACAGCAGAAAUGAUAAUUCUAUAAGCAAAUGUCCAACUAGUUCUUGAUCUUGAAAGCUGCUGGUACACAGGCGGUAAAUUUUUGCUACAGGUGAUGCAUUUCGCUAAAUUUAAUAACCCCCCCUCUCUUUUAAGCCCCCCUCUCUAUUAAGCUCCCCCCCACCCCCUCAAAAGUGCUUGGAAAAAAUAAGCCCCCCAGGGGGUUUAAUAGAGGAUUUACGGUAUAAGGCUUUGAGUGGAAAAAAAUCGGUAUUUUGGAUAUGUGGUCGCUUACCAGAGGUGAUCGCAUAUGGAGUUUCAUCUAUAGGUCACGUGUUCUCCUACAGGGCUGACCAGUAUUUUUUGCCUUAGUUUACACUAAGUUGGAUAAUCCAAACUUACAAGUGCACAAUGAUGCACACAAAGCUGAACAAGAAGCGACCACCAUUUUUGUUACGGAACAAAAAGUAAACAGGAUGUUUCAAAUUAAAUUUCCUCAUCCCAUGGAUAAUUAAUGCUUAAGUGCUGUGACGUUUGAAACUCCUUAAUUGAGGCAAAAGUAGUUAUCUUGGAUCUCGUUUACUGUGGGUAAUGUCGACUGAGAUAUCGGUCGACAUGGCGGUCGAUAUAGCGGUCGACAGUCGGUCGAUAGUCGGUCGACAGUCGGUCGAUGGUCGGUCGAUGGCUGGUCGAUAGUCGGUCGAUGGUCGUUCGAUAGUCGAUCGAUAGUCGGUCGAUAGUGAGAUAGACUAUCGGCCGAGUAUCGGUCGAUAUUUCGACGACGCACCUCAACUUACUAUCGGUCAUAUGUCGGUGAUAUAUCGGUCAACUGUCGGUGGUAUAUCGGUGAACUGUCGGUGGUAUGUCGGUCAACUGUCGUUCGAAUAUAAGUCGUGUGUUAAUUUAUCAGGUGAGUCCAAUGGCUUUUUUCUAAGCAAAGACGUCAUUAAUUACUGUUAUCAUGCGAUAGGGGAACAUGUGGCAGUGCGAGGCGCGAUUACUCUAUGAAGCCAACCGAAGAGCACUGGGAGCUAAGGACCCGUCUGAGUUUUAGCUGUUAAACAGAACCUGUCUCAGCCUAAGUUGAAUCUGCUGCUCCUGUGGUCCCGCAGUCGAAGAAUACUUACUAAGGACGAGUGAAAUGACUGCUCCCGCAGUCCUGAAGUGGACGAAUAAUGAAUAGGAAAAGGCAGUUCAUGACAUGCUUUAAGAGCGAGGAAUACACAUCUUUUAUUAUCGGGCUUUGACCUGCUUCAUCACGCCAAGUUCUCGUUUGUGCAGAGACCACAAAAUAAACUUAUAUAUUUCUGCAUUGAAGACGGGAACAGUCCUUUGUUAACGAUCACUUAUUGAUAAAACGCGCUGAUAAUGCGCCGAGGAAGGUGACAAAAAUAUCCAGCAGACUGAACACAUUCAUUUAUAAUUGUGGGAAUGAUUUCAAUAUACAGCAAGGAAAAUACUCAUACGUUCUCAUUACAUUAUCCUGUCCUUUUGCUAUGUCCUUUCGCUUUAUAUUUAUAUUGUGUUCAAAAUAAAGACGACCAUGCGUAUAAAGAAAUUAUUAUUGAAUGGUAAGUCACUUUUGGCCAUCCAUUAAAAGGAAAACAGUAUGCGCCGCGUUAACAUUAAUAUUAUCUUAACUUGUUAAGGAAAAACAAGUUUAAAAAAAUUAACUGUAAAUACAUUUUUUCAUCAAUGUAGUUUUGAGUCGGUUGAAAAAUUCUCGGCAUAGGAAAAAUCAGCCAGAUAUAGGCCUUACACGGUGGGAAUAAAUCACAUAACAAGAAGCUGAAGGCCUAUCAUUCUCACUUAGCGGACUUCUUCAUGAUUCAAUUCUAGCCGGCUACGCGUACCGAGACACACCCACCCCUAAAAAAAAAACGAGUAGUGGAAACGUCUGCGAAAAGGUGGUGGGCAUCGAUACAGAUAGGCGGCUAAAUCCCGUUCACAUGAAUUAGAAGAAAAGGCUAGAUAAAUGACUAAUAGCUAUUAUUCCGGAAUUUUGGCUAAAUACUUUGAAGUUUGAAAUUAAAAAAGCAGAAACACAAUUUAAAAAAACAGCUAGGUCUAAGCUAGAAAAUGCUCUCUAAUUUCUUGUUUUCCAAGCCAAAAAAUGUAGGAAAUGCUAAGUGUCGACUGACCAUCGACCGAGUGUCGACCAAUUACUGACCGAUACAUCGGUCAAGUAUCGACCAACUAUCGGCCAACUAUCGGCGAAGUAUCGGCGAAGUGUUGGCGAAAUGUCGGCGAAAAGUCGGCGAAGUGUCGGUGAACGAAAAGCUAUAUCGGCCGAGACACAUCUGGAACGACUAUCGACCGUGUCUCGACCGAGUGUCUACCCACUAUCGACCGACUAUCGACCGACUAUCGACCGCUAUAUCGACCGACUGUCGACCGAGUAUCGACCGAGUGUCGACCGAGUAUCGACCGACUGUCGACCGACUGUCGACCGACUAUCGACCGCUAUAUCGACCGGCUGUCGACCGCUAUAUCGACCGCUAUAUCGACCGAUAUCUCGGUCGACAUUACCCACAGUAAACAAGACUAAUGCAUCGAAAAGUUUGAAUGACUUGAUGGGUCUGUCGUACGGUAGGCUUGGUCCCAUUAGCCCAGUUUAAAACCAUUCAUAAGACGCGAACUAUGAAGUUUAAAAGCCAACUUAUCUGAAUUACGCAUUUCGCUAGUGCCGUCAAUCAUAAUUACCAUCACAAGCAGCAAAACCUUGAAGCAUAGAAACUCACAAAAUGGAUUGAAACCAUCACAAACCAUGGCCUUUUCGAUUUUAAUUCAUGGAAGUAAACUUUUCUUGAUCUCUCUUGCUAACUGAGCUGAUUUACGACAGCAGAAGACGCAAACAGUAGUUGGCUUUUGAUCUUGGCGUGUUAUUGAAAGCCACAGUAACCUUGCCAAUGUUCCGUUUCACUGAAACCACAAGUGCUUCCACAGUUGCUGUAACUUUGUUUUAUUAAUAACAAUUAGAACUUAGUCAAGCUAUAACGCGCUCUCUCAUUGGUUGAAAAAGAGUGCUUUAUGAGAGCUGUGCCAAUAGUUUGUUUUGAAAAUUAGAAAGCAAUGCGUGGAGAAUUUAAGGGAUUCUUUAUCAUGAAACAAAUAUAUAACGAUGCCUUGCAAUUUUGUAUUGAUCGAUGUUCGAAUGUAGCUUCGAACAAACCAAUUGAAUUGUUCUUUGCUUUUAAGAUCGAUCUAAAAAUUGACUGAGCUCUUUUGGACUACGUCUCGUGUUUACCCCUACACUUCUUUCGUACUCUAGCCGCUUUCUGCGUGCUUCAGUUACAACAGAACAGAGCACAGUCAAGGGACGCCUAGUCUGCUACACAGCCCUUUUUUUGGUGUUGGUGGGGUGGAGAGUUGCGUGAUGACACUAAAAACGGCUGGGUAGCAGACUAAGGGACGCCUUAUUUGUUAAUUAAAAACAAGACCUCUUGUUAAAAAGCAGUUUGCUGUUAAUAAUUUGUAUUUGUUUUUGCUAGAACGAAACAUAGCCAGUAGGAAGCUGCAAUUAUUUUAAAUGAUAUUUGGGUUUUGUUACUAUUUAAAUGAAGUUUGCGAGUUGUAUUAGACUAUACUCAUUAUACACGUUCAUAUUAUAACAAUUGUAGUCUGGAUGCAUGAAUUAGUCGCUGUGUCGCUUAAAAAGGGAACAAGCAUUAGCGUUAAGCUUAGUACUGUAUUCCGUUAUAAAACGAGCAAAACUCCGGGUUAAAAACUCACAGUAAGCUAAUAUGCAAUUACAGUUUGACAGUGAAGCUCCAUUAGGGCUAUACUCUUCAGUUCACAGUAAGCCAAUAUCAAGCACAGUUUGACAAUGAACCUUCAUUAAGCGGUUAUACCCUUAGGGCAACGCUAACUAGCCGCUUGAUGGAGGUUAGCAGCUGAAUAGAGGAUCGUCCGAAAUUAGCAAAAUCUUCAGCAGUAAAUUCCCUUUAUUCUGAAAGAAAAACCUUUAGAGGUUUCACAUGUUACAACUCCCACACAAGAGACAGGCUAUAGUACUGAUUCAAAUGACUAAAGUAUGGAAACAAACAAACAUUCUCCUCAAAUUGUUGCGGUGAGUUUCGGAAACGGCGCAAAAAAACAUAAUCUCCGGGGCGGUACAUACCUAUAUGGCUUAUGUAAUGUAGUUCCCCCCACCCCCCCGGGCCUGCGUCACAGACAAAAUUAAACUCUGGUUGUGACCUUGUUUUAGACCUCCACCUGUGUACCAGGAUUUGAGUACGCGCUAUGAUUGGCCUGUUAAAAAAACAUUGUCCAUUUGCCAAUCAGUAUGAAAGAAAAAAUUCGAACCUGCUUCCGGUACAUUGUUAAGUCCGUUGGGGGUCCAGAACAAAGAUCUCGGCGCUGCUUCGCAAACAUUACUAAACGAGGUUAAAUUACUCUAUUGAUUAGCCUGUUCCAGGCGUUCAGAUAGUGGGGAGCGGUGCGAAGUAAAAAGGAGCGCGAAAAAAUAAAAGCGAGGGAGGAGGCACCUCUCUCCCCAGUCCCCCUCUACUUUUCAUCGCUUUCUUAACUCCGCACCGCUCUCCACUAUCUGAACGCUUGGAACAGGCUACUAUUGAUAGGCGUUUAACUUAGUUACACUAACCGUCAGGAGUCUGAGAACGAGAAAAGGAGAAAAGAAAGUGGGGGACUGCUAUUCCUCUUUUUUUUCCCCAUUCUCCCAACUGUUCUCCAAAACAGAAGAGUGAUUCCUGCGGGGGCAGUCACACGGGCGAAUUUUUCACCGGCUAAAAAAUUUGAUCGGACUUCAUUUGACUUCAUUCACAAAGGACCGUUCAAUAUUUUCACUCUGUUCAUACAGGACUUUGAACUGCUAGGCGUCUAAUUUUCUUUGUCGGUUAAGGUGGUUCCGUGUGAACAGACAACCUAGAGGGGUGAAUUUCAACCGGUCGAAAAAUCGUCCGAAGUGUCUUGUGAAGAUAAUUCUACAAUUAUUUUGGGUCUUUGAUCGCUGGCUGAUUAAUAUAGUGCGGCCGCUUAAUUGGUGGCGGCAAGAGCCAUAAUGGGCUCUCGGUGGCGGCUAAAUGGUGGCAAGAGCCAUAACGAUUAUGACUCUUGGUGGUGGUUAAAAUUUACCCAAAAAAAAUAUAUUAAAAAGGCUAAUUUUACCAUGUUUCACCUGUCAGAACUGGUAAAUAAUGCGUCACGUUCAUACUUGCUAUUAGAAGGGUGGGAAAUUAAGGAAAGGGAACCAUUUACUGGGAGUGUGCGAAACUUUAUUUGAACCGUUUUCAGUUAAUUUUUAUCCUUAUGAUUUAGAACGGCGAUCGUUUCAGGACGGUGUGAAGCAAUGUGUCUAUCCCUACGUUGAACAAAGAAGCUCUCUUCCUUCAAGACAGCUAACCCGCAGCUCAGUAUUUUUUGGAAAGGUAAGGGCUAUGUAGAUAAACCUAUAGAACCAUUUUUCGCAUUGAACAGCUUAGUCCUCCUCGUAUCGUGAAGUUGGUAGUAGUUACCGCCGCACAGUUAAAUCUCGCUGAAUUUUGUCAUUCUUUUAAAGAGAAGCUUAGAUUUGCCAUACUUUUUAGAAAGAAAAUUUUAAGAAGCUACAGUUUUGUAUGUUCUUUUUGUAACCAAAAUUUUUAAAACGUAGUCAUCCUUUCAGGUUCUGAAAUAUAACCUAGAAAGUCGAGCCCUUAAAAGUUCAGUUAUGAUUCAGUUACACAAAUAGCAAAGGAUAUUAAGUAAGGAAUACCAUGUAACAGCCCAAAGGAUUUUGAUCACAUGUUUUGAUAAAUAUAUGUUUUGUUUGCUUCAAAGGUCCCCAGAACAAUAAAAAGGUCAUAAUCCUUCAACGAGAAAUAUAUAAAAAAAUGAUUGUGGUUAAAAGCCUAUAAACGGUCACAGGAAGCGAACAGAAAGCAGCUGUUAGUAUGUUAGUCGAGUGAAAAAGUUAGGGCGCUAGUAAUACUGAUCGAUAUCACGAUAUCCCCGCGCAGGCUGAGACACUGUAAUAAACGAUUUUGUUAUUCGUUCCACUCGAGUUAUUAAAAGGAAAUUCAAUUCAGGGACAAUAUUUCCCAAAGUUUUGUCAAAAUUAAAAAGAAAAUUCGUAUCUUGUUGACACUUUUGGUAGGUCUGAAAAACAGGCAAAUUGUUCGGUUAGUAAUUUCAAAUCCUGGUAAUGGACAGAAGGGAGGGUUGUAGCAGCGACGUUCUUUAUCGAAGUUCGUAUACAAAAGAAGCUAAGAUGAAGUUUAUUCCUUGAUUGGAUUAUUCAUUCAAAAAUAUUUUUCGAGCGACGAUAACUAGGAAGUUGGUUGACUUUCACUGGCACAAUGAGUUUGCGAUGCAACAUUUUCCUAGUCUCUUUGUGAAUAUUUGAUAGCUUAUUCGAGUUUGAUGGCGGACAUCAAUGUUCUUAAAACUUACCCGGGGGGUACACCCUACAAUGGGCCAUACGGGGAGGCUCCGCCCAAAAAGAAAACCUUAUUUAGGCUUUAUGUAUAUAAAAGACCCGGAUAAAAGAGUGAGGAAUUACUAGCUGAAGUAUUUGAAAAAGUAAGAAAUUCUAUCAUUUGCGUCUGUAAAAAGGCCCGAAGGCCUAAUAGAUGCAUUUUAUGGCUGUCAAAGUAGAGAAAACGUUUUAGUUUUGUGAUUAAUUCAAAUUUAAAUGACAUUGGAUUACAGCAGUUAAAAUGUAUGCAAAGUACGCCUACGCGUAUAAACCUUUCUUGAAUACUCCCCCCUUCCCAAUGAUAAUAAACCUUCUACCAGGUGAUCAGUUACUUAUUAGUCGUAGUUCAAUGAGCGUCAACAAUAACAGCUAAACUUCACAUAUAUUUUUUUGCCCUCAGUUUUCAGAUCUAUUCAUCUUUAUCUCCCCUCAACCGCAGUUUUUGAUUUUUUUUUCUUUCCACAGGUGAAAGCAAGGGUUUUAUUUCAGCGUUAACAGAAGUAUCAAGAAAUUAAGGUUAAGGUGAGCACUCUAUCGAAGAAUUGUUCUCAAUGUACAAUCUCCAUUCUUGAUAUUUAAUGAGGAGUCAACGUCAACCCUCUUAGUUCACCUCUUAACUUUCCUUUUUCAAAUAACCAAACUUUAUUCGUUUUUUUUUUUUUUUUCUGAAGGGAGGACAAAGAGAAUUAAAAAGCAAGCAUUGAUCCCCAGGAUGCUCUCUUCAGCCGAGUGCAGCAUAUGGUAUUCUGUAUUCCUUAUUAUAAAUGUUGCUGUGGUCGCAGUGAACCUCCUGUCAAUUGUUCUUUUUAUAAAGAACAGUACUCUUCGCACUCGUUCCAUGUACUUGGUUAUAAACUUGACCGUGGCUGAUAUGUUUGUUGGAGGAACUGCCACCUUCGCUAUAGCAUUACUUUUCCUCCUCUACGGUUGCGAAGUUGGAAAUUAUUUUUCAUCUUUAUUGUUGAGCGUGAUUGGCCACCUAUUUUGUUUGUACUUACCGUGACCGAGGUGUGGCUUCCUUUCACCUCUGUAGCAGGCAUUGCAGUAAUUUCUUUAGAUAGGAUGCAUGCGACCUUUCGUCCAUUCAGGCAUCGCAACAUGAAAAACUGGGCCUACGGGCUAACAAUUGCGGGCGUAUGGAUUUUAACUGCAAUGAUGUUAAUUCCCUUUCCGUUAACACGUUUCUAUUGGAACUUGAAUCAACAGUGGCAGUUGUUAUUUCCUUUGUACUUAUGGCGGUCAUAUUGUUUCCUUUGCCUUAUUGUUAUCUGUGUUUUGUACACCUCCAUUGCUUUAAAAUUUUGGUGUGGAACCCGUCCUCCGUCCCAUGGUGCAGCCAAUAGACAAAGAAAACUGACUGUCACAUUAUUCAUAAUGACCAUUGUAUCUUUGCUGCUGUGGUUACCAUAUGUUGUAUAUACUUGUGUUCCUUUUUCUGUUCUAGAUAGGUUUUCUUUCCUGACAUAUUUACGCUUGAGAUUAUUUUUUUCUCUUCUAUACCACACAAACUCGCUUGUUAAUCCCAUUAUUUACACAAUCAAAAUGCCAGAGUUCAGAGGAGCUCUCCUGAUAUUAUUUAAACGUCGACAAAGACAAACUGCUGUUAUUCCUCUUCAUGCCCGUUAAUUUACCUUGUCCAACACUUUAUUGAAAGUUCAAAAAAUGACCAGUAAACUAUGUCAACUAUUUAGCAAUAAUUGAAUGAGGCUGCGUAGGAUAUGAAGAAUUCUGCAGAUCGAGGAGGGAGUUGUUCAUUCAAAAUAAUUCCAAGUGUUAAAAGUUAAAACAUGCUCAGGGGCACCCAACGACGGUUUCCUCUCAAGUGCUUUGAAAACACAUUUUUAGACUAUCCAGAGUACUUUUAGACCUUUACACAUGCAUUCUAAGCGGUGCUAUAUAUAAAAUUUGUAUCUGUUCCGGCGGUCAUCCUAGGGAAACUUUUAAAGUCUUUUCGUAAUUGCAACGGCUUCAGUAUCAUUUUCCCGAAAAUUUUAGAUGGAAUUUAGCGCAUUAUGAAAGUGAAAAGUUUUUUUAUUCAUCUCUCCAUCACAUUUUUUGAAUCUAAAAAUUUUAGGUUUCUUUUUUCCUACGAAAAUUAAAAUAGCCUGGCCUUGGGUGUGAAAUGUGAAAAUUUAAACUUCACAAAAUCUUAGGGAAUUUAUUAGAUAAGCUUCGAAAACUGUACAUGAAGGGAACGGUCAUCUAGAAUUUUUUAGCCGUAUUCAAGCAAUAGAAAAUUCUAGGCAAUAUUUGCUUCUCCGUGCAGAUAUUUUACAGAAAACAGUGAUCGGGUGCCCCUGCAUACGUACCUCGGUCGUUGUUAAUGCACCCAAAAAGUAUCAUGAUGGUAAGUGGGCAGGGGAUGGGGAGGAGGCACGGCAUGGGGUGGGGAUUUGACAUUUUUCAAAACUUUGCCGUCAAAUUCCCUGCCCACGGGCAAAUCAUUCCAGGGAAAUGUCCCAAGGUUUUCGCGGUUAACGGUUCAAUAAUCUCCAACUUUUCAAAAAUUAAAAAAAAUUCUUUCCAAAAUUUCAUUGUAAAUUUAACUUACAAAGUCAAAUUCAUUCGUAUAAUACAAGAAACUCGUGUAAAUUUCGUCUGCCUUUCUGUCGUACUCGAACCAAACAAUUUUCCGUUUUUUAUCAAGGACCUAAAUUUUACAACACCUUAAACACCAACAUCAUCAACGCUUCCUCACCUUUCUCCUUUAAAAGAGCACUUAAGGCAUUUAUUUGUAAUAAUUAUUAGUAUACUUCAACAAAAAUCUUGGGAAAAAGCCUUUUAAUAUUCAACAUUUGUAAACUUCCGUAAUAUUGAUUAGUUUAAUUUUUCACGUGAUAUUAUAUUGUAUCCGUCGCCGUAAUUUUUAUGCGAUCUUCGAAAAAUUGUAAUUGAGGAGGCCUAAUUAACAUAAGCUCUAUAGUUUCUUUUAGGCCUCCUCGCCAUCUCUUCCUAUUUUUUUUUUUUUUUUUUUUUUUGGCAUCUUUUUGUAAUUAUUGUAAUCUUGUGGCAAAUAAAUAAAAUACCUAAAAUACCUAAACUUUCGCUGCACUUUUGACGUCAUCGGUUCAAUUCACCAUUUUCACAUAAACCAUAAAGCACCUUCCUCUCCCUCAAAUUUUGCAUAACCAUUGUUUCAAAUUUCUUCUGGGUAUUAUAAUUUUUCCAAAAGAAACUGAGCACACUGGUUAUGCAUUUUUUUUUUUUGGGGGAGGUUAGCAAGGUGCAUUAUGGUUUAUGUGACAAUAGCGAACAGGGCAAAAUUCCUCCAAAUUUGAUCAACAGUAGCUGGUUAUGAUGAACUAUGCAUGUGAUUUUGGCCAAUUAGAAAAGGAGAAAUAUUUUGAAUGAAUAAUACUCUUUAGUUGCAUAAAAGACCUCUUGAAAAUAGCAGUUUAAUGCAUAGUGUUAUUACUAACUUUAGAUCGACAGAGCGAUUUUCCUAUGACCUUGAAAAAUGGUUUCGGUACGUGUUCGUUAUUUGUUUUAUCAGCCAAUGGAUGAAAAGAUCAAAACAUGCGCUCUUCGUUUUCCCGCCAAAGAAGACCCUUAUGUGGAGAAGGCAUUGUUCGAUUGGCCAGUCGUGUUUCAGUAUGACGCCAAAGUGAAGUAUCGAUUGAUUUCUGAAAAGUUCUCGGGAUAAAAAAAUGCACUUUAUUUGAGUGUCAAGGUAUUUAGCACGAAAGUACUAAUUGAGGACACUAUUUUUACGUCCCCAGCUGGAGACGGGACGCCACUUUACGUGGUCAUCCGGCCAAGCCACGCGAAAAUCUCGCCGCUUGCCGCAGUGCAAAGGGAAUACCUUCUCAAUUAUUUUAAGGCCCUGAGUAUUGGUUCCGCCCCGGGAAUCGAACCCGCGACCUUCCGCCCUGCAGUCAAGCGCUCUACCGACUGAGCUAAUCCUGCCGCGGGAAAGGUUUUUUUCAGCCGAGUGUUCGCUUAACCAACCAAAAGCCACGCUCGUUUGCAUCCGUUGGAUAAACCAAUCCGCAUUACGAGCCGCAAGGUCGAUUUUCGUGCACGCACCAGGGAUCCUUAAUUUCCAUGGAGAUACCCACAAACUGGACUCAAGUAACUACAAGGCGUUAGUCUUGACACAUUUCCUUGCGCACCUCAGGUGUUCACAUUAAUCGCUUUCUGUCAGUUCAUCUUUCAAUAAACUCAUUUUAGAACAGGACACAAAUUUGCGUCAAAUAUCAGAGCUUGUCUUCUGCGCGCCGAAUUUAUACCAUCGGAGCGAGAUAUUUUAACUCAGCUAUGGUUCUCGUCAAAAUCACUUAAUGAAAAUACUUAAAUUCAUGGUUGGUGUUAAAAAAGGGUCUUGGUGCAAGUCUUGGAAAAAAAAGAAAUAUUUUUUUCGUUUCUUAAGCGAAAGGCAAAAUCUAGCGCUUUAUGAAGGUCGAAUUCGAACCCUCCAAAGUAAUAAUUAUCCGGUACGUUACCUGGUAAGUUACAUAUUGUCGCCGAAAUGGUUUCAAAAGUUCAACGUGCAGAGUUCUGGAUGUUAUUUCGCAUUAUGUCCGAAGGACAGAAACUGUGUUCGCCGAUAUAAGGUAAGAGAGACCUUUAUUAUUUAAAAGGUAGAGAAGCAGCUUGUUAUGGCUUUCGCAUGCGGAGUUCGAGCACUUCGGUGAAGCAGGUUUGACGACACUGAGGAAAACAGAGGAAAAUAUUUACUUGCCUUUGGUAUUGUGUAUAUCCUCGAUCACUAUACAAUAACGCACAAAUAUUAUAAUUCAAAGGGCAUUUACAACACGCGCCAAAAGAGCCGUGAUCCCGCCAAAAUGCUCGAACCAUCUAACAGAGUGUAAAAAGGGGGCUGGUAGGCAACACACGACUUUUACCUCGUGCCAAAAUGCUGCUUGUUCCAAAAAUUGUUUUCUCUGGUGGGUAUAUUAUAUUCUGGGUUCUACUCUUUGAAUGAGUAAAUGUGAAUUUUGCCGCUUGUUUCAUACUGAGAGGUCAUGACACGCAUAUUGAUUUUCUGCGGUUAUUGUUUCUGGUCGGCAUGAUUUGUCCUCCGAUGCAAGAGCACUUUCUUCGACCUCUUUUGAAAUGAAAAUCUCUUUCUUUGCGGCUAAAUAAGAGUUUUAGGUUGUUUAGUCUUCUCCAAAGUGCCUCCUGGAUCUGAAUAACUAAAGGCGAUAUUCUUUUGUCCGUGAAUGUGAUUGGUUUCCUUCAAUUUAUGUCACGCUGGGCCCAGCUCGUUUAGUAUUUUCUGCACGAUGUUAGAUUUUCACCGAAAGUGAUUUACAGAUUCAAAUUUCGAGGAAUGGAUUAUAGGAACGCAUUUUGUGAAGAGAGAUUUUUUAAGUAAAAAGAACUCGGAUCCUUAAAUCGAUCGUGUUUUAGCUAGCCAAUUGCCAUUUUCAUAUCCUGUGUUAGUUCGGAUAAUUCAGUAGGUUAUUCUCUCCUCUCCCUCUUAGCUUACAGGCGGCGCGCCCAAGUUUAAGAGGUGAAGAGAGAUUUUUUUCAAGGGUAAAAAACUCGUAGCUUGAAUCGAUCAUGUUUUACUAUCUAGCCAAUUGCAGUUUUUAUGAGCUAUGUUAGUUUGGAUAAUUCAGUAAAUUUUUCUCUCCUCUCCCUCUUAGCUUACAGGCGGCACGCCCAAGUUUAAGAGGUGAGGAGAGAUUUUUAAAGGGGGAAAAACUCGUAGAUUGAAUCGUCAUGUUUUAGCUAGCUAGGCAAUUACAGUUUUCAUGCGCUGUGUUAGUUUAGAUAAUUCAGCAAAUUUUUCUCUCCUCUCCCUCUUAGCUUACAGGCGGCACGCCCAAGUUUAAGAGGUGACGAGAGAUUUUUUUCAAGGGCAAAAAGCUCGUAGCCUGAAUAGACCAUGUUUUACUAGCUAGCCAAUUGCAGUUUUCUUAAGCAGUGUUAGUUUGGUUACUCUCUCCUCUCCCUCUUGGCUUCCAGGCGGCACGCCCAAGUUUAAGAGAGAUUUAUUUAAAUUGAAACACUCGUAGCUUUAGUCGAUCAUGUUUUAUUAGCUAGCCUAUUGCAGUUUUUAUACGCUGUGUUAGUUUGGUAAUUCAGUAGGUCAUUCUCUCCUCUCCCUCUUAGCUUACAGGCGGCGCGCCCAAGUUUAAGAGGUGAAGAGAGAUUUUUUUCAAAGGUAAAAAACUCGUAGCUUGAAUCGAUCAUGUUUUACUAACUAACCAAUUGCAGUUUUCAUGCGCUAUGUUAGUUUGGAUAAUUCAGUGGAUUAUUCUCUCCUCUCCCUCUUGGCUUACAGGCGGCGCGCCCAAGUUUAAGAGGUGAAGAGAGAUUUUUUUUCAAGGGUAAAAAACUCGUAGCUUGAAUCGAUCAUGUUUUACUCUCUAGCCAAUUGCAGUUUUCAUGAGCUAUGUUAGUUUGGAUAAUUCAGUAAAUUUUUCUCUCCUCUCCCUCUUAGCUUACAGGCGGCGAGCCCAAGUUUAAGAGGUGACGAGAGAUUUUUUUCAAGGGCAAAAAGCUCGUAGCUUGAAUAGACCAUGUUUUACUAGCUAGCCAAUUGCAGUUUUCUUACGCUGCGUUAGUUUGGUUACUCUCUCCUCUCCCUCUUAGCUUCCAGGCGGCACGCCCAAGUUUAAUAGGUGAAGAGAGAUUUUUUUCAAGAGUAAAAAACUCGUAGCUUCAAUCGAUCAUGUUUUAUUGUCUAGCCAAUUGCAGUUUUCCUGCGCUAUGUUAGUUUGGAUAAUUCAGUGGAUUAUUCUCUCCUCUCCCUCUUGGCUUACAGGCGGCGCGCCCAAGUUUAAGAGGUGAAGAGAGAUUUUUUUCAAGAGCAAAAAAACUCGUAGCUUGAAUCGAUCAUGUUUACUAUCUAGCCAAUUGCAGUUUUCAUGAGCUAUGUUAGUUUGGAUAAUUCAGUAAAUUUUUCUCUCCUCUCCCUCUUGGCUUCCAGGCGGCACGCCCAAGUUUAAGAGGUGAAGAGAGAAAUAUUUAAAUUGAAACACUCGUAGCUUGAGUCGAUCAUGUUUUACUAGCUAGCCUAUUGCGGUUUUUAUACGCUCUGUUAGUUCGGAUAAUUCAGUAGGUUAUUCUCUCCUCUCCCUCUUAGCUUACAGGCGGCGCGCCCAAGUUUAAGAGGUGAAGAGAGAUUUUUUUCAAGGGUAAAAAACUCGUAGCUUGAAUCGAUCAUGUUUUACUACCUAGCCAAUUGCAGUUUUCAUGCGCUAUGUUAGUUUGGAUAACUCAGUGGAUUAUUCUCUCCUCUCCCUCUUGUUUUACAGGCGGCACGCCCAAGUUUAAGAGGUGAAGAGAGAUCUUUUAAGGUAAAAAACUCGUAGAUUGAAUCGUCAUGUUUUAGCUAGCUAGCCAAUUGCAGUUUUCAUGCGUUGUUAGUUUGGAUAAUUCAGUAAUUUUUUCUCUCCUCUCCCUCUUAGCUUACAGGCGGCGCGCCCAAGUUUAAGAGGUGACGAGAGAUUUUUUUCAACGGUGAAAAACUCGUAUCCUGAAUAGACCAUGUUUUACUAGCUAGCCAAUUGCAGUUUUCAUACGCUGUGUUAGUUUGGUUACUCUUUCCUCUCCCCCUUGGCUUCCAGGCGGCGCGCCCAAGUUUAAGAGGUGAAGAGAGAUUUUUUUAGAUUGAAACAUUCGUAGUUUGAGUCGAUCAUGUUUUACUACCUAGCCAAUUGCACUUUUUAUACGCUGUGUCAGUUUGGUAAAUCAGUAGAUUAUUCUCUCCUCUCCCUUUUGGCUUACAGGCGGCGCGCCCAAGUUUAAGAGGUGAAGGGAGAUUUUCUUAAAGUGAAUAGUACAUAGCUAAAAUCGAUCGUGUUUUAGCUAGUAAAUGCAGCUUUUUUUACAUUGCUUCAGUUGGUAUAAUUCGGUAGAUUUUUCUCUCCUCUUCCUAAUGGCUUACAGGCAGCGCGCCCAUUCUUAAGAAGCUGUGAUAAAGUAUAAAGUAAGUCACAGCUUGAAUCGAUCGUGUUUUAGCUAGUCGUUACAGAGUUGUUGUUUUUGUUCAUAUUUUGUUUUUGUUAGUGUAUAUAAUUCAGUAGAUUUUUAUUUUCUCUCCCUCUUAAGUCUUUAGCUCUUAUGCGAUGCGCCCAAUCUUACGACGAGUGGUGUUGGUUUCAAAAGCGAAAUUUAGUUAUUGUGAUUUUUUUUCUGAUCUACGGCUCUCAGUCUGGAUAAUAUUCAGCGUGAUGCCUGUGUUUGAUGUACACCGGAAACCGGAAAAAAGCUAGUUUUGUCCGCGGGCGGCAAUACUUUAAUUUCGACAGUUUAAGGUAAAAUAUUAAGAUAAUGUCUAAAUCAUUGUGAACUGUGAUAGUUUUUUUUUUUUGCGUAAAUAUCUCUCUUCGAUCAAAUGUGACAAUUAGGCCAGAUUUAUACUAGGGUUGUAAAAAUUUCCACCGUCUAUGUUGAAACCUAACAAACCUCGCGGGUAUCCGCUUUGGCGGGUGAUCUCCCUGAGAGAUAAUUGAGUUGUUGUUUUCAUUGUUUAUUCAUCAAGUUCUCAGUUGUAAUUAUUUUUCGGUAAUAUUGUUCUUAUUUAUUGUUUAUUGAGUGGGUCGGCUAAAAUUAAAGACGAAGAGUGAAGCUCCAAUGCAGAAUUUUUGAAGUCUAUUUGAUAUUAUGCUUUCGACAGUGCACGUCAAUAGCAACUAGGUUGGGUGUCCACUGGAUUAAGUGUCGAAGAUGAAAGAUUGCUCAAUAAAACGAACAUUGUUGACAGCUUUAAGAUAGGCUCAGGGUCUCUUGAUGUAAUAUAACCCUUGGUUCAAAACAAUAGACUUGGCGCCUCGCCCUUCAGAAAUAUGCGAAGAUUGCGACGCUGAACGUCGCAAUCCCCCGAAAAUCGAGCCUGCGGCUUGGAACCGCCCUAUUUCCGUUCGUGUAUUGUUUCUGCUUUGUUCGCGCGUUUUUCUUUCAAGGUCAUACGAAACAAAAAAUUAGAAGACUGUAAAUACAUAUAGAGAAGCUGUUACUCGUUUAAUGGAGCAACGUCAUGCUAUUUGCUCUCUUCCCAAGUGAAAAAGCUAAACAGUCUCUUCACAUCAAUUGAUGGUCCAGUUUUGUGUUAAUUUUUGGAUUAUAUGACAUAUUUAGGCGUUGAAAAAAUUUCCUGUUGUUUUUUUGCAAGGGGUUGGCCAGGAUGAGCCAACGUUUUCAAGUUUUAAUGCCAUCCAUAAAAAUUAUUAUGGUUAGUGUUCCCUAACGAAAUCAGUUGUUUGAUAUCUUUUUAUAACUCUACAGGAGCAUUUUGUGUAUGUAUAAAGGCACUAAGAAAUUAGGUCAGCAAAGAUUUGACCAAAAACAGCAAUAUUUAAGACACUUAAGAUAUAAGUGCGUUUACCGUGCAUUGUAGUGUGAGUAGUGAGUAGGUAGUGUUGUAAGUACUGAGUAUUGUAAGUGUUUACAUUGUAAACAGAGUAAGUACCUUAGUCUAUUGUAUUCUAAAUAUUGUAUUGUAAGUAGUGUAAGUAUCGUAGUGUUUGUAAGUAUUUUUGAUUGUUGAUUGUUGAUUGAAUAAAUGUUAUUAAAAAAAAAGAUUGCAAAUAAAAAAAAAAAAAAAACAGCAAUAUGCCCAUGACAAAGCCCCUUUAACUAAUUUAAAAAAACCAUUAAAUAUAUAAUUCAUUAAUAUUCAGUAGGCAAAGUUUCCAAUGACCUUGAGGAAUUUUCCAAUGGAAUUGACACUUUCCUCGAGCAAUUUUUUUCCUCCUUUACAAUUAUUGUUAAAAAGCUGAAAUUUCUUUCAUUUGGAGAGCCGUAUUGCGAAGGCAGAUAGACGCUUAAACUGUGUUACCCGGGGGAGGUACUCCCUACAGUGCCCUACACGGGGAAGCUCCGUCCGAAAGGGGUACCAUUUUCAGGGUUUAGGCAUAUUUAACAAUUAUUCCUCGAGCCCGAAUGGCUUCGGCCUCAUGGGCUAUUGACUCAGAGGCCAUGAGGGGGAGAGGAAUAUUUGUUUUAGUAAAGUCCAACUAGUUGGUCAAAAAUAUCGAGACAAAACAACUUUAGGUAGCAAAACGCGAUUCUACAGCCAUUGUUUUGGUUUUCAAAGCCGGCGCUUUUCGCUACUAGUGGGCUAUAACAGAUAGCCUAGUAGCAGCUCAACCAAUCAGAACGCAGCAUUGAUAAUAGACCACUAGUUAGAUUUUACUAAUUAACAAUUAUUCCACGAGGGCGCGUUGGAUAUGAGAUCAUAGAUGGCCAACUAGGCGUUGAUGGGCAACUAGGCGUCCGACGCACGUUGUGAACAUAAUUUUAUAAUUAGUUUGGGACUUUCAUUACUGGCUGCUUAAUUGGUGGCCGCAUAAUCAUGAUGUUAAACUUAACUAUAAAAAUAUAGGGCUUAUUAAUAGACUAUUACAGCUGCAACUGUCAGAACUGUUUAGAACAUUAACUCAAGCGUCACGUGGACUCUUGCUAUUAAGAGGGUGCGAAAUUGAAGAAAGGACACCAUUUAUUGGGAGUACAUACGAAACUUGAUUUGAACCGUUUUCACGGAAAGUUUAUCCUUAUGAUUCAAAACGUUUACGUUGAACAAAGAAACCCUUGACGUCAGUCCAGGGAAUGAAUCCGUUGCGAGCUUGAGCAAAAAAAAUUUCAGCUCUCUGCUUCCUUUAAGAUAUCCUUCAAGACAACCAAGCAGCUCCCUAGUCAGUAUUUGUUGGAAAGGUAAGCGCUAAGUUGUUGUGAGAAAAAAACAACGAUAAGCCUUUAAAACAAUUCCUCUCCUCGCAUGAUUACGAAGUCAUCUUGCUAAUAGUCACCGCCGCACAGUUAAACCUUACUGAAUUUUGUCCUUCUUUUAAAGAGAAGCUUUAAUUCGCCAUACCUUGCAAAAGAGAGGAUUUUAAGAAGAUACAAUGUACAGCCGGUUUUAAUCGCCAUACCUUGCAGAAAGAGGUUUUAAGACGCUUAGCAGUUCAAAAUUUUAUUUUGUGUGUUCUUUUGUAACUAGAAAUUUGAAAAAUAUAUUCAUCUUUUAAGAUUCUGAAUAAUACUAGAUCGUUGAGCGUUUAAAAUUCAACAAAGGAUAAGUAAGAAAAUACCAAGUAACAACCCAAACAUAUGCAAUGCAACGAAACAUCAAAGGAUGUUGACCACAUGUUUUAAAAGAUAUAUGUUUCGUUUGCUUCAAAGUCCCUAUCCUUUAACGGGAAACUGACAUAAAAAAAAAUAAUUGUGGUUACAAAGCUAUAAACGGUUACAGGAAGCUAACAGAAGGCAGCUGUUUGCAAGAAUGGGCAGCACUCGCCUGAGACAGUUAGGGCGUAAAUAAUGGCGAUACCCGCUAUGAACAGGAAAGUGCGCACAACCCUUACCUAGUUCCCGGCACAGGCUGAGAGGCUGUAAUAAAAGAUUUUGUUCGUUCUACUGGAGUCAUUAAAAAAGAAGUUCAUAUUGACAACGAGUUUAUCUCAGCGACAGUUUUUCUAAAAGGUUUGGCAAAUUUUAAAAAAAUGCUAAAAAAUUGUAUCGUGUUUACACUAUGAGCUACUAUGGCCUACCGUUCCAUAACUUGGUUAAUCCUUGCAAUGGGCAGAAGGGUUGUAGCAGCGAACUUCUUUAUCGGACUUCGUAUACCAAAGACGCUUAGAUAAGUUUCUUCCAUCAUUGGCUCUUUUAAUAUUCAUUCACAGAAUAUAUUCUCGAGGUACGAUAACUUGGAAGUUGAUCGACUUAUAUUAGCAUAAUUAGUGUGCGAUACGAUAUAGGCUCUUUGUGAAUAUUUUAAAAUGACUUAUUCGAGUUUAAUGGAGGAAAUAUUCUAGAAACGUACCCGGGGGGAAUACUCCCCACAAUAGCCUAUACAGGGAGGCUCCGCCCAAAAGGAAUGCGUUAUUUGGGCUUCAUGUAUACAAAAGAGUGGGGAUUUACUAGCUUAAGUAUAUGAAAAAGUUGGAAAAUCUAUCAUUUCGGUCUGUAAAAAGGCCCGAAGUAGUUUUGUGAUUUAUUCAUAGUUUGAAGGACGGUGGAUCAGAACAGCAGUUAAAAUGUAUACAAAGUUCCAAACUAGGUAUAUGAUACGGGUAUCGUUUCUGUCAUAAUUGGUACACAAAAGGGAAAAGGCCUUGGACCUACGUCCUUUAUAAACCUUUCUUGAGUACUCCCCCCUUCCCAGUGACAAAAGACGUUCUACCAGGUGAUCAACUACUUCUUAGUGACUCGCAGUUCAAUGAGCGCCAACAAUAACAGCUAAAAUUCACAUAUAUUUUUUGCCCUCAGUUUCCAGUCAAGCAACUCAACGUACUCUUCCCACCAGGUGAAGGCAAGGGGUUUAUUUAAACGUUAACAAAAGUAUCAAGAAAUUAAAGUUAAGGUGAGCACUCUAUCGAAGAAUUUUUGUCAGUAUACAAUCUCCAUUCUUGAUAUUUAAGGAGCCGACGUCAACCCUCUUAUAUAGUUCACCUCCAAGGUUCACCUCCUAACUUUCCUUUUUCAACUAACCAAACUUUAUUCGAUUUCUUUCUGAAAGGAAGAGAAAAGAGAAUUAAAAAGAAAACAAUGAGCUCCAGGAGGAUCUCUUCAGCCGACUGCAGCACAGGGUACGCUGUAUCCCUUACAAUAACUGUUGCUGUAGUUGCAGUGAACCUCCUAUCAAUUAUCCUUUUUGUAAAGAACAGUAAUCUUCGCACUCGUGCCAUGUACUUGGUCAUAAACUUGACCGUGGUUGAUAUGUUUGUUGGAGGAAGUUCCACUUUCGCUAUAGUAUUACUUGUCCUCCUCUACGGUUGCGAAGCUGAAAAAAUAUAUUUGUUGUGGCCGAAAUGGUCACCAGUUUUGUUUGUGCUUGCAAUGAUGGAGGUGUGGCUCCCUCUCACCUCUGUAGCAGGCAAUGCAGUAAUUUCUUUAGAGCGGAUGAAUGCGACGUUUCGUCCAUUCAGGCAUCGCAACAUCAAAAAAUGGGCCUACGGGGUAAUAAUUGCGGGCGUCUGGAUUUUAACU